GUAAAACCCUAAUCCCAAAACCCCGGCCCGCACCCUCUCUGCCGCGCCCGCCUCAUCGCUCGCGCCCCCUCCUCCCCUUCGCCCUGCCUAGCUUCGUCGGUGAGAGCGUCAAGUGACGGCGGAUCUCCGCUCCGCUCCGCACGCCGGCAUCGCUUCCGCCUCUCCCAGACCUCCUCCGCCAGUGGUUCGCCGGCGGACCCCCCUCGUGCCAUCGCCCUCCGCCUAUCCCAGCACGGUAGCUUCUGUUUUAUGCUGAGAUGGAUUCCUAUGUCUCGGUGAAAGAGGAAGUGGAAGGUGGACGAGGCAAGGUUGUGGAGGAGAGCAAGGACGAAGCUGCUGUUCACGCUGAGAUGAAUUCCGAGGUCUCGGUGAAUGAGGAGGUAGAAGGUGGAGGAAGCAAGGGGAAGGUAGAGAGUAACAACGAGGCUGCUGUUGGUGCUGAGAUGAAUUCUGAUGUCUUGGUGAAAGCGGAAGUGGAAGGUGGAGAAAGCAAGGGGAAGGAGGAGAUCAACGACGAAGAGACGGAGAGUGGCACGGACGAGGAGGAAGAUGGGGAAUCAAGUGAGGCUUCUUCAAGCAGUGAGGAGGAAUCAAGUGAAGCCUCGUCGAGCAGUGAUGAGGAGCAGAUGGGCAAGCAACAUGGUGGUGUUGGUGGCAUGGAUGCCCUCAUUAAAGAGGGUGAAUUGAUGGUUGGGAUCGAUGAUGGCGACGACGAUGAUGAGGAAGCAUCUGAUACUCCUAUCAAGUUGAAACAUGCAGUAGAGGUCCUUCCUCUGGUGCCAAAGGUUGAAGUCCAUCUCGAACCACAUCAUAAGACACUACCAGUGGGAACAAUUUCAGCUAUCAUGGGGGAGAGAGUGAUUGUUGAAGGGUCAGUGGAACACAAUCCCCUGAAUGAGGGUUCUAUACUCUGGAUAACGGAAAGCAGGUCACCGCUUGGUAUUGUUGAGGAAUUGUUUGGACCGGUAAAAAACCCGUACUAUCUCGUGCGAUAUAACUCUGCUGAAGAAGUGCCUGCUGGGAUCAGUGCAGGAACUGCCAUCUCUUCCGUUAUGGAGUUUGCAGAUCAUAUAUUAAAUGUGAAGGAACUAUGCACCAAAAGCUAUGAUGAAUCAGGUGAUAAUGUUGAGGACCAAACAGAUGAUCCUGAAUUCUCUGAUGACGAGAAAGAGGCUGAGUACAAAAGGUCGUUACAGCUGGCAAAAAGGCAGACUAAGAAGCAACUCGAGUCUAAGAAACCUUCUGGUGAUAAGAAAAGGAAGCAGCGAAGGGAUGCUGGAUUCCGCAAGGACAUGCCACCUAGGAUCCGUGAUUUACCCACACCAAGUCAUCAACCACAUCGUCCUUUUCACCAUUCAGAUAUGGCUCCUGCUGCUGACAAUGCAGCAUGUUCAUUGGGUCCUCAAAACUUUCCUAUGAGUCCACCAACAAUGAGGCCAUCAGUCUCAGUGAAUCCUGCCAUACCAUCAUCCGUUCAAUUUCCAGGUCAGAAUGGUGGCUGCUUCACCAAUCUAUCACAGCAGUUCUUACCGCAACAGCCAAAUGUGGUUUGGCCUGGCGGGCUUCCACCUUCUCUGUACCAGAACAUGGGGGUCAAUGGAGCUGCUCUUGCAGCUAAUGUUAUGCAGAACAUACUCAGAGCAACCAACCAAUACCAGCAAUAUUGCAAUAAUCAGAAUUUUGGUGGCUUACUGAACAGAAUGCCUAUAUCCCCACAACAGUUUAUGCCACAGAGCGGAAUGGCUGUUAAUCGAAUGCCUUUUGGUGGAGGUGGACCACCAGUAAAUCCUCCGUUUGUUUCAUCAUCUGGAUUGCAAACAGCGCAUGGGAACUUGGACAAUCUCCCACACUUGGCCGGUAGUAACCAGGGACCAUCUCCUGGGUUCCCCAACCCGCAAGGACAUCGGCUCCUCCCAUCAUCCCAUGGGAAUGGAGGUCAGCCUCCUACACAACUCAAUUCUGGGCAGUUUAAUCAUGGGGACUCGUCACAAAGUUCACAACAAUGGGGACGCCGACAUUGAUAGUGGCUAGCAUCGCAAUUGUGCAGUUUUCUUCUUUGCAAGAUGAAGUAUACUUCAGACUUCAAAGGUUCAGGAUAAAUGAUGAGUUAGAUGUCUGUUGGUUUUACAUUUACGGUUCCUACCCAAAAGCGUUGUGAACCGUGGUGUACUUUUCUUGUGCUGCAAUACGACAUCGAAUUAAAAUGAGCUUGUUAUACAGAUGAUUUUUCUCACUUUUCAGUUUAGUUCGGUAAAGACGUAUGAUAGCUCUCAUAUGUGUGUAAAAUUCGGGGGGGAAUACUUGUUUUUCCAUAUUGAUCGUUCCUCUCCAGCGUC